CAUUUUGAGUUGCCUAUAAGAAGACAGCAUGAAUUACAAUUCUCAAUCACACAAGUCUACAAGUGAGCAUUUGUUAAUUAACUUAAUUUAGACACGAGUGAGAUAACCAUGAAUCGUGUAGCUGCGUCCGCUAUUCGUGCUUUUUCUUCGUCUGGAAACUCGUCUUCAUCGUUUCUUACUAGACACCUUCAUUCUUCUCCUGGAAGCAAAAAGAUAGUUGGUGUGUUUUACAAAGCAAAUGAAUAUGCUUCCAUGAAUCCCAAUUUUGUUGGGUGUGCAGAAAAUGCCUUGGGCAUAAAGGACUGGUUGGAAUCCAAAGGUCACCACUAUAUUGUCACUGAUGACAAAGAAGGCCCUAAUUGUGAACUUGAAAAGCAUAUUCCGGAUCUCCACGUGCUAAUAACCACCCCUUUCCAUCCGGCCUACGUUACAGCUGAAAGGAUCAAGAAGGCCAAAAAUUUGCAGCUCCUGCUCACUGCUGGAAUUGGGUCUGACCAUGUUGAUUUGAAGGCGGCUGCUGCCGCUGGUUUAACUGUUGCAGAGAUCACUGGAAGCAACGUUGUGUCGGUUGCAGAGGAUGAGCUCAUGAGAAUCCUUGUUCUUGUCAGGAAUUUCGUGCCCGGACAACGUCAAGUUGUCAAUGGGGAGUGGAAUGUCGCAAGUAUUGCUUAUAGAGCUUAUGAUCUUGAAGGAAAGACUGUGGGAACUAUUGGUGCCGGACGUAUUGGCAAGCUUUUGCUCCAAAGGUUGAAGCCUUUCAACUGUAACCUCCUGUAUCAUGACCGGAUCAAGAUGGAUCCAGAUUUCGAGAAUCAAACAGGGGCCAAGUUUGAGGAGGAUCUUGAUUCAAUGCUUCCCAAAUGUGACGUAAUUGUCGUCAACAUGCCUCUCACAGACAAAACCAAAGGGAUGUUUGACAAAGCUAGGAUUGCUAAGCUGAAGAAGGGAGUUCUAAUUGUUAACAAUGCUCGGGGAGCAAUCAUGGAUACACAAGCUGUUGUUGAUGCUUGUAAUAGUGGACAAAUCGGAGGUUAUAGUGGGGAUGUUUGGAACCCCCAACCAGCUCCAAAGGACCAUCCAUGGCGAUACAUGCCAAACCAAGCUAUGACCCCUCAUAUUUCUGGCACUACAAUUGAUGGACAGUUGCGAUACGCGGCUGGAGUGAAGGACAUGCUGGAUAGGUACUUCAAGGGAGAAGAUUUUCCUCCACAAAAUUACAUUGUCAAGGAUGGUGAAAUAGCAAGCCAGUAUCGUUAAUGGAAACCCCUCUCAGAGGAUGCUAAUAAGGCUCAUAAGUUGGCUCUCACCUCUCAGGGAGACAACUUGCUAAUGUUUUCUUGCAUUUUGCUUUUUAACAAAAAAGGAGUCUGCUAGUUGAGAUUGUUCUUAGCAGGCCAAGUAAUAAAUGAUGUAGAUCUUUGUUUUGUUUAGCUUUAAAGAAUGGAUGCAUGGUUGGUUUUAA